ACCACACCAAAGGAUAUAUAAAGAUGAUAAUGAGAAUAAUUAGAAUUUGAUCUGUUGAAUCGUUGUAGCUCGUAUCUGAUUGAGACGAUGAUCCAGACUAAUCAGCACUAAUCGCGACGAUUCCCCAUACCGUCAUUCGCUAGGUGGAAACCUCCAACUCUUCUCACUGAAGCAUGCCUGAACGAUCCCCACACUGGAGCUUCCACUGAUCAAUCCAACUCUAAAAUCUUCCACUGUACCAGGCAUGUCGCGUGUCUGACGACGCUCACUCAUCCAUACUCCUCUAAAGUCAUCAUGGCCGGCCCUGUGCCUCCAGGCCAGCAACCUCCGGUGGCCAAGGUCAGCGAUGUAGUCCAGAGCUUUCGAGCGACCAAGCUCUUCCGCUCCCAAAAGCCCGACGUGUCAUUCACCUCUCUCGACUUUGAUGACUCGGGCGAACUUCUGCUCAGCGCCAGCAAUGACGAGAGCUUGCAUCUCUAUAGCUGUCGCGAAGGCAAAUUCUCCAAGACACUCUACAGCCAAAAGUACGGCGCGCACCUUGCACGAUUCACACAUCAUUCCCAGAGUAUCAUCUAUGCCAGUACAAAAGUAGACGAUGGCAUCCGCUACCUCUCGACCCACGAUAAUCAAUUCAUCCGCUACUUCAAAGGACACACCGGACCAGUUACCUGCUUGACCAUGAACCCUGGCAACGACGAAUUCCUAUCGUGUUCCGUUGACGAUACUGUUUUACACUGGGACCUGCGCUCAUCCUUCCCAGCCGGCAAGCUCAACCUGCAUACUCCAUACCUGGCCGCAUACGAUCCGUCCGCGACAGUCUUUGCCGUUGCAUCGCCCUCGACCAGCAGCAUCCUCUUAUACGACGUCCGCAACUACGACAAGCCCCCGUUUGCAACCUUUGACAUGGCGCCGCACGAGCACACCUUUACACCCAAGACGGUCGGUCGAGAAUGGACCACUCUGUCCUUUUCCAACGACGGCAAGUUCCUGCUUCUAGGCACCAAUUCCACGUCUCCAGGCCACUUUCUGCUCGAUGCCUUUGACGGCCGUCUUGCUGCUUUCCUUGCGCGGCCCGCAUUCGGCAGCGCUCCGCCCACGCGUCUCGCCGCAUGCGUGUCACCUUCUUCCCAUAACAACAAUUCCGGCGGCAAUGGCGGCGCUGUUCCAGGUCAAGGAGAUGUGUGCUUUUCGCCCGACGGCAAGUUUGUCUUGGGUGGCACCGGCGGCGACCAAGAUCUAGCUGUGUGGGAUGUUCAAAAUGUGCAGGACAAGGUAGUCAAGUCGGUGGCACAGCUACCAUUCAAGGCGCGGGCCGCCAUGGUCGCGUAUAAUCCGCGCUUGAAUGUGCUUGCCAGCGCAGACAAGGAAGUCGUGCUCUGGGUGCCUGAUCCGCAUGCUUAAUCUGGAUCCCCCCUUCGACAAUCUAUACUGGAUUAUUCGCUUCCGCAAUUGCGACACGUUUGGGAACAACAAGUCGAAUAUUUAUCUCCGCAAUUGCUGGGAUAGGGACGGGCUUAGCCAGGCGUCGGAAGACCUACUUUGAUCGCAAAAGACAAAAGCAUUACAUGGACCAUUUCAUCCUUUAUCAAAAAUCCGCAAUAUGUCGUUAUUUGGGCGGUAUCAUUUCAUGCCAGUGGGCGGCUGGAAUUUCCACAGGGUCUACGGUCCUUCUCAAAAAGCAUACCAUGGCAUAUCAUCCUGGCGAAUCACGGCGACGGGCGUUCUGCUUCCACUUGUCCUUUUGUAAUGGACAUAUCGAUACCGGGAUCCUUUUCUCUUUUUUUCUUUUAAUUCUCCCAUUUCUCUUUUUCCCCCUAUUGAAUCAUUUCCUCAUUGCCUUGAGCUAUUUUCCCGUCAUUUUUCCUACCACGUUCAUCAUAGCUAUCCGUAUCCCACC